GUCUUGAAGAUGCGUUGGAAAGAUGCGACUACUUCUAUGAUAAGUCGCAGUGCAAGGUUCCGGACCUGGGUGCCCUGAGCCCGGCUCAUAGCGUGAUUGUGCCCGAGAUCUACAUGACCAACGGGAAGUUCCCCGACGUCCGUCAGGGGGACCACUUCUGCACGAGGUGUACCGGUCGGCUGGUCACGAAGAAGGAGGGCAACUACAAGUUCUUCCUCGCCUCAGACGACGGCUCGAUCAUGCACUUGAAUGGAGAGAAGAUCGUCGACAACGAUGACUGCCACGGAGAAAGGGAGAGGGGCAGUGGCGACAAGUUCCUGAAGCCGGGUGCCCACGAGAUCGUGGUGGACAUGUGCGAGAUGGGUGGUGGCGAGGUCUUCAAGAUGCGCUGGAAAGGGCCAGACAGUGGCAACUCCAAGGUUAAGAUCCCGGCUACUGCGCUCAAGCACGAGAAGGCACGCUAA